AUGGUGACGAAAUCGUCACAAGCGCGCGUGACGACGAAAUCGUCACAGGCGCACGUGGCGACGAAUUUGCCACAGGCGCGCGUGGCUACGACAUCACCACAGGCGCGCGUGGCGAUGGCGCUCGUGGCGACGAAAUCGCCACAGGCGCGCGUGGCGACGAAAUCGCCACAGGCGCGCGUAGUGACAUCGCAAGUGGCGGACGUGGCGUCAAAAUCGCCUGCGGCGCAGGUGGCGCCAGUGGCGCUCAUGGCGCCGAAAGGGUCAAUAUCGCCACUGGCGCAUGUGGCUACGAAAAUGCCAGUGGCGCGCAAUAACCCAGGGGCGCGUCCAGAGGAACUCCUCCAGCAGGGCAUGACGGCGAAAUCCCCCGAAGGCGAGAUUCCAGUGGCGCGCCAGAAACAAACUGGUGUGGCAGAUGCGCUUCUAUUGCUGAAAUUUGUCAACGAAUAA